AUGUCCUACGGUGGGUACCAGCAGUAUGGAGGCAAUCCGUAUGGGCAGACUGGGGAGAGCGGCUAUGGUGGAGCCAAUCCCUACGGCCAGACAUCCCACGGCACCGGGCAGGGAAGCGGUUAUGGCGCAUCGAAUCCAUAUGGUCAGGACGUUGAGCAAGGAUACGGAUCUUCUCCUCCCCCCUUGACUCAACGCGAUUCGAACUACUCGCAGCCCUCGGACUACGAUGCGCCGAUGGGCGGGCCGACGGAACCUCUACCAAGUGCAGCACCACUGCCAAAUCAAGGACCGCGUGAGAUGCCCAACAGAGAGUUCUUGGCCAGGGUGGAAGGCUGCCAGCAGCGCAUACGGGAGCUAUCCAGCAACAUCUCGAGCAUAAGCGCCAUGCACCAGCGCAUGCUCUCCGAGACCGACAGCACAUCCUCCUCACAACAGCUCGAGCACCUCGCCUCCCAGACGUCAAUACUCAACACGCAGAUCAGGGACGAGAUCAAGAAGCUGGAGACGGACGCGGCGCGCAGUGGCGGCAAUACGGUGAAGGACUCCCAAGUGCGGAACUUGAAGAAGUCUUUUCAGACUCAGCUCGAGGAAUAUCAGAGAGAGGAAGCGACGUACAGGCAGCGGUAUCAGGAGCAGAUCAAGAGGCAGUACAAGAUCGUCAAUCCGGACGCAACCGAGCAGGAGCUCAAUCAGGCGGCGGCAGCGGACUGGGGCAAUGAGGGUGUCUUCCAAACUGCGCUCAAAACCAACCGCAGCGGCCACGCCACAAGCGUUCUCGGCGCCGUCCGCGCCCGCCACAACGACAUCCAGCAAAUCGAGCGCACGCUCGAGGAGCUUAGCAAGCUCUUCAUCCAGCUCAACGAGGCCGUCGUGCUGCAGGAUGUGCCGAUACAGCAGACCGAAGAAGCAACACAGCGUGUACAUGACGACACGACCCAAGGCAACAAGCAAUUGACCGAGGGCGUUAAGUCGGCGACGCGAGCGCGCAAGUUGAAGUGGUGGUGUUUGUUUAUCGUUGUGCUUAUUAUUGCUAUCAUUGCGUUGGCGCUGGGAUUGUAUUUUGGGCUGAGGAAUAGGAAUAGUGGCGGCACCGCUGCGGCGUAA